GGCAACUCUGCACUUGUCAGACUCUUGUUUUGUGGCACAAAACUUGUUUGCGAAAGCAAACGAGGAAAAAUGCGUGUUUCGGGUAUAAAAUCAACUUCAGUUGCUUAAAAAACACAUUUUGCAAUAAUAACUUUGUGUUUGUGAAUUUUACCUGUUGGAGUAAGCUGUUAUUUAAAGGCGUUGCAACGCUCUGCUACCGUAGUCUACUGCCGCUGACGCCGAAGUCGAAGCUGACGCUGACGGCAACAAUAUGGCUUCCGAUAUCGCGGUGGUAAACAUUGGAAAUUUCGAAAAGAUUCAGAACUUUUUAAAUGACACGGCUUACAAAGAAAUACUUGAGAACAGCGAGAACUUUAAUACACGUCUGUGCAUUGAGCGACGUCUCCGGAUGCCGUUCCUCGACCCCCAGACAGGCGUUGCACAGACACAUUGCGCGCUCUUCAUGAAGCGAAAGCAGCGAAUGCCCGGCUUCCGACAUGGCCAAAUUUACACUUACCCUUCUGCCCGCUGGCGCAAACCCAAACGUCAGUAUCUUCUAAAUCCGCAUCAUAGCUACCGCGCCUACCAGUAUCGGGAGCACCACCUUUCUCAUCAGCACCAGCAUCAACACCAUCAUGUACCAACGUCUGGGUCCGGAACGGUCGGUGCACGUGAUCAUCAUCAGACGGAAAGUGCAGCAAUUGUUGCGACGGAUGGCAACUCGAUGGGCGCUUCAGGUGACAAUGACAGUAAGGACUCUCAUGCGAAUGCUGAAAAGGAAUGGUUCCAUGAGGAUAUGGACACUUCCCAUUACCAUCAUGUCGAUGACUAUGAAGAUGACUUCGACUCUGACAACGAUUUUGAUGAGUCCUAUAGUAGUAGAGGAAAGCGCAAACGCGGCUCACGCCCACGGCGCUCCAAUGCCAAUGUGGAUGGGACCCCGAAACGUGGACGCAAAGGAGGUGGCAGUCGUCGUCGCAAUGCAACCGAUGGAGAGACUGGAGAUCGUAGAAGGCGCGGAGCUGGAAAUAGUGCGAACACUUCUGCUGCAGCUGCAGCGGCAGCGGCGGCUGUGGCACAUGCUGCCAGCACUGCGGCAGCUGCAGCAGCAACAGGACUCUAUGCAACGCACUCUAACUCAGCAUCACCGAUUCCCAUUAUCGACGAAACCUCACAAUCAGCUCUGGUCAUGACGGCACCACUACCUUCGACAUACGAAAAGAAUCCAUUAAAUGAUGCAGGCGCCUCAAAUGAUUCAAUUCCAUUGGCCACAAUGGCUAGCAUGGGCAUGUCAACCACAACAGCUGCUACCCCAGCUGUAUUCACGACUGUAAACGCAACCCCAACCACUCCGUUAGCCAGUCCCAAGAAGAACAAGAUGCGCACUGAACGUGAAGUGGCGCAGCCAUCACCGUAUUGCGAUUUUUGUUUGGGCGAUCAGCGAGAAAACAAGAAAACCAAUAUGCCCGAAGAGCUUGUAUCUUGCUCGGACUGCGGUCGUUCUGGUCAUCCAUCAUGUCUGCAGUUUACGCCUAAUAUGAUAAUAUCAGUGAAGCGCUACCGCUGGCAGUGCAUUGAAUGUAAAUACUGUUCUAUUUGUGGCACAUCCGACAACGAUGACCAGCUGCUUUUUUGCGACGAUUGUGAUCGCGGAUACCAUAUGUAUUGUCUUUCACCACCGCUGGUGACUCCGCCUGAGGGCUCGUGGAGCUGCAAACUCUGUAUGGAGGAAUUCCACAAGCACAAGUAAAAUGAAAUGACAUGAGAAUUGAGGUGUAGAGAACCAAGGGGACGUCGCUAAAGAUGUAUCUGUCAUUUUGUUUGAAUUUUCACUUACAUGCUUAAAUUACAAAUUAGUCUCCCAACUCAUAAAGCCGCGGCAGCUCUUGAAAUUAAUUUAAAUUUAAUGUUCAUCUUAAGUAUUCCUUAGUACGUUUUUAAUUUUAUGUACCUACUUAAUUUAAUUUUUUAUUUGUAACUACGCUUAUAUGGACCGCCCCAAGUAUUGUAAGUAUUUCCAGCCUUCCGCGCAAAGUGAUUGUCACAAGUUCAUUACACGAGGUCCUUAAGCAAAUCCAAUCCUUAUCGUACCCCUUUUUUUUACAAAGUUUUGUGUAAAUUGUACGAUCCAUUCUAUGAAAAUAUAAUUAACAUAAUGCCAAUAAAUACUGCAACACUUUUUGUAUCCAUUA